UGUUUAUUAAACAUCGACGAAUAUCGAGCAUCUCUACUGUGGCCAUAAAUAAAAGAAAAAGAACUAGCUUUGUUGUGUUGUUGCAUUUGUGAAGAAGAAGAAGAAGAAUAAUACGGAAACAGGUUGUUGCUGGUUGCUUAGUAGCGCAGUUUGUAUAAUUUCUUUAUUUUUGUAGAAAAAAAGGUAAUCUGAUAAUGGGCAAAAUAUUUCUGGAUCACAUUGGUGGUACUCGCCUAUUUUCAUGUGCAGCGUGUGAUGUCAAUCUAACAAAUCGUUCAGAGUUAAUCAGUACCAGAUUUACGGGAGCCACAGGUCGAGCAUUCUUGUUCCACAAAGUGGUGAACCUGAUAUAUUCUGAAGUCCAGGAUCGCGUGAUGCUUACAGGUCGACAUAUGGUACGAGAUGUUUCUUGCAAAAAUUGCGCCACAAAACUAGGAUGGGUGUAUGAAUUUGCUACUGAAGAGAAUCAAAGAUAUAAAGAGGGGCGUGUAAUUCUUGAAAGAGCUUUAGUUACUGAAACAGAUGGUAUUGAAGAAAUUCAAGUCAACAAUGAUGAUUAAAUAAAAUGUCAGAGACUAAUUCAGUGUA